AUGCGUCAUUCGAAUUGGAACGUUAACAAUUUUCAACAUCAUCAUCAUCGCCAUCGUAGUGAUACGACGUCUUUGUCACUUUCAUCGAGUGAUGGUCAUUUAGCAUCAUCAGCAUUACCAACUGGAAACCAGUUUAGAACAAAUUGGACAUAUGGUUUGAAGUCAUGUAGUGAUGAAUGCUCAAGGAGUAGUAGUGUAGAAACUCGGUCUAAUUUACCGAAUCCUGUUCAUGUUCAUAUGGCAUCAGGUUCAACAGCUAAAAUACCGCUCAAUAUUCGUCAUAAUGAUUUAGAUUAUACGACUGGAAGUUCUAGUAAUAUGUCUGUUACUACUAUCAGCGGUAAUUAUCAGCGACAGUUAACUGCUUUACCGUCAAUCACUACAAGCGAUAUCACAUCAGAAGGGUCGAGUGAUAUUUUAUCUGUUAUUCCAUCCGUGAAUGCAAAGUAUCUGUGUCCAAGUAAUGUGCAAAAUAAUCCAGAGAAAGUUGGUACCAUUAGACGAACAGCAUCAUUUACUUUCAGUCCAAAAGCAAGUUUAGAUAAAUUGCAUAGAAGACAACAAGUACAUGAAAAUGUGGAACCAAAGAGGAGAUUCGGAAGAUUUGCAAGAACAUUAGAUUUCAUCAAGAGUAAAAUAGAUUCCUCCAGCACAUCAACUCUUUUUCCUUCUAGAGAUCAAGUUAUGCAAUGGAGAGAUUCCUUUGAAUGUUUACUCAGUCACAAAUAUGGUUGUUUGUUAUUUCGAACAUUCUUAAAAGGAGAAUUCAGUGAAGAAAACGUCGAUUUUUGGAUUGAGUGUGAAGAAUUCCGCAAAAUGAAAGAAGGCAAGAAAGCUACUAUGCAAAAGGCACAUUCUAUUUAUAACAAAUAUAUCGCAGAACAAUCACCUAAAGAAGUUAAUUUAGAUAGCGAUACACGUGCAGCCACUCAAGCAGCCUUGGUAAAUGGUGCAAAGCCUAAUAUGUUUUCAUUAGCACAAACAAAGAUUGAACAAUUAAUGGCUAAAGACAGUUAUAGACGAUUUUUAAAGUCUAAGUUAUUUCUCGAUCUGUUGUGCAGCGGUAACAGUUCGAUAUCAAAUAGUAAUAAAACACUUCAUGAAGAAAAUGAUUGUGCGCAUUAG